AUGCAAGAUGACUCGAUCCUGCUGAUUGAGGUCGGAGCUGCUUUGGGCGUCGUCGCUCUCUCUUCAGUUCCGGCUCUCACAAAUUUUGUGACGCAACUUCGCUCCCACAAGCCCAAGGACCAUUUUUACGAGGAUAAGGAUGGAAAGAGCACCCCCGAAGCCUCUGCCGCCUUUUCCAAUCGCUGGCCCAAAACCUUCAUCAACCUGUUCGCCUUUGCCGGACUGGCUCUCUCCGUAGCCAAUUCCGUGCUGGCCACCUUCUCCCAACACACUUCUCUCUACCACAGCCUGAUCAUCACAGAAUGGAUCACAACCGCCAUUUGGGGUCUCCUGACCCUGCAAGCUGUGUCUCUGGCCGCCUCCAACGACUCUGUCCGCGCCUACAACCUUGGCUUGCUGGUCUGGUUUUCCGGCCUUGUCUUGACAGCCGUCCAGGUCUUGCAGAAUGCCGAGGUGCUCUAUCACCUUUUGAAAAACAGACCCGUCUCUUUUGGUCUCAAGAUUGGAGGUCUGGCUGUCUCACUCGCCCUCACGGCAACCAGCGUCUUCUUGCCCCGCAGACCUGACGUCUUCUACGGCGGUAGAAUCGUUGAUCGUAUGGAUAGUGUGAGCGCCUACAAGCGGUUCACCUGGAGCUGGUGUGAUGACCUUCUCGACACUGCCACCAAGCAGAAUGAUCUAGAGGUGACAGAUCUUCCUAAGCCGAACCACUGGACACGUGCCGGGGACUCGUCUGCCACAUGGAAGUCCUACAACUUCAAGUCGGAUUCAAACUUGUGGUGGUCCAUCAUUUGGGCCUUCCGUGUUCCUUUGGCUAUUCAAUGGGCAAUUGCGCUAACCAAGUCCUUCUUGAGUCUCGCUCCGUCCUUCGUCACUCUGCAGAUCCUCACCGCUCUGGAGAGGAGACGACCCGGAGACCCGCUCCCUGUAGAUGUGUGGAUGCUGGUCUUCUGGCUUGGUCUCGCUAUCCUUGCUGAUGCCUGGGUUGAGGCAUGCAUGUUCUGGAUCUCUUGGGCAGAGCUGUGUAUCCCUUUGAGAGGUGCUCUGUCUGCUCUGGUUUUCGAGAAGUCGAUGCGCCGGAAGAAUGUCAAGGCAGCUUCCAAGACCGAUGAAGAACCCAAGGACGGAGAGGCUAAUGGAGCGGAUGACAAGAAAUCCAAGGACAAAGACGCCGAGGAGGAAGGCGACGAUGAUAGUGUCCUCAAGUCUCGCCAAGCCAUCAUCAACUUAAUCGGCGUAGAUGCCAAGCGCGUUUCCGACUUCGCCGCUUUCCAGUUCCUUUUCCCUUCCAGUGCCGCCAAGUUAGCAGUUGCUAUCUGGUUCCUUGUCUACUUACUUGGAUGGGGUCCUCUCGGCGCCGGUCUUUUGGCCUGGGCUGUCCUGCUCCCUAUCAACUUCACCUAUGCCAAGGUCUAUUCCAAAGCCCAAGACAAGUUGAUGAAAAUCAGAGAUCAGAAGCUUGCUGUUGUGAACGAGGCACUCGUUGGUAUGCGCCAAAUCAAGUUCUCUGCGCUGGAGCCCCAAUGGGAGAAGCGUAUCCUGGACAUGCGAGAGAAGGAGCUUGGCGCUAUCUGGCAGGUCUUCAAGGGCGACACCGUCCUCUUCGGCAUGUGGAUCACCAGCCCUAUCGCACUUGCCGCCGUUUCUUUGGCUGUUUAUGCUCUGAUCAACGGAAACCUGAUCCCGUCGGUUGCAUUCGUCAGCAUCGGUGUCUUCAAGAACCUCGAGGUUACCUUGGCUGUCAUUCCCGAACUCAUCACUGAUGUCAUUGACGCCAACGUUUCCGUCAAGAGAAUGCAAGAUUACUUGAACGGACCGGAAAAGACUCAAACUGUCACCGAGGGCCCCGACAUUGCUUUCGAGAAUGCUUCGAUUGCCUGGCCAGUUGAUGACGAGACUAAGGACGAGGACCGAUUCAUCUUGCGAAAUGUCGACGUGACCUUCCCUGCCGGUGAGCUCUCCGUCAUCUCCGGUAAGACAGGCACUGGCAAGAGUUUGAUCUUGGCUGCCAUUUUGGGAGAGUCCGAUCUUCUCUCUGGUAAGAUUUAUGCGCCGAAGCCUCCUCCGCUUGGUGAACGACAUGAUGAUAAGGCCAACCGUGACAACUGGAUUAUCCCGAGCAGCAUUUCAUUCGUUGGCCAGAUUCCAUGGAUCGAGAAUGCCACCUUGAGGAAGAACAUUCUCUUCGGCCUUCCAUAUGAUGAAGAACGGUACAACAAGACCAUUGAGGCUUGUGCUUUGAAAAAGGAUCUGGAGAUGCUUUCCGAUGGUGACAAGACUGAGCUGGGAGCCAACGGCAUUAACCUUAGCGGUGGCCAGAAAUGGCGACUAACUCUGGCCAGAGCCAUCUACUCCCGCGCCGGCAUUCUCGUUCUGGACGACAUCUUUAGCGCUGUGGAUGCCCACGUCGGUCGUCACAUCUAUGAGAAGUGCCUCACGGGCGAUCUUUGCAAGGGACGAACUCGCAUUCUAGUCACCCACCACGUCGCCCUUUGCGAACCAAAGACCAAGUUCAUCGUCGAGCUGGGAGACGGUACCAUCCAACACUCCGGCUUCAAGUCGGAUCUCGUUGAGGAUGGUACGCUGCAACUGAUCAAGAGUCAUGAGCAAUCUUCUCAGGAAAUUGCUGACGAGGAGGCCGCCACUGCUGUGAACUCUGAAGAUGCAUCCGUGAUCGAGCCUUCCGAGGCUGCUGAGCUUAACGGCGAUGGUGGUGUUCUCAAGAAAGUUCCCUCCAAGGCAACCCGUCAAUUUGUCGAAGAUGAAGCUCGCGAGCAGGGCGCCAUCAAGAAGCACGUCUACGCUGCGUACCUUAAACAGAGUGGCGGCUGGUCUUGGUGGGGUUUUGGCUUCUUCCUCUUCGCUCUGUAUCAGUGCAUUGUCAUUGGGCGAUCAUGGUGGCUACGCCUCUGGACUGGUCACUACGAGCAACAGGGCGUCCACACCCUUUCAACUCCUCACCAGCACGCGUUCGCCUACACCCUGCAGGACAGUCUGCUCCACGCGCCGCAUCACGCACCGUCCGAACUUGCCCGUAUCUCGUCAGAGAAUGACGACUUCUACUACUACCUGGGUAUCUAUGUCGGAAUCUCUGCCUUCUCCGCAAUCCUCGGCACCGGUCGCUUCUUCUACUUCUUCUGCAUGAGCUACAAGGCCAGUCAGAGCAUGUUCAAGGGUAUCACCAAGACUGUCCUCCGAACCCCGCUGCGAUGGCUCGACACCGUCCCCACCGGCCGUAUCUUGAACCGCUUCACUGCCGAUUUCAACGUCAUCGACAACAGGCUCGGCAUGGAUCUUUCCGGUGUUUUUGGUGCGAUCCUCAGCGUAAUCGGAAUUUGCAUUACGGCAUUUUCAGUCUCCCCUGUCAUCAUUCCAUUGGCCGUCGUGCUCCUUUCCAUUGCCGUUUGGAUCGGCAAGCGUUACCUGGCUGGAGCCAGACCCGCGAAGCGACUCGAGAGCACUGUCAAGUCCCCCAUCUUUGACCUCUUUGGCUCCACUCUGACCGGUAUAAUGACUAUUCGUGGAGCUGACAAGGCGCAAACCUACAUUGACGCCAUGUACACAAGACUCGAUGAUUACGGCAUGGCAUCGUUCUACCUGUGGCUGUUCAACCGCUGGAUGGGCUGGCGCAUGUCGCUCAUUGGCGCCUUGUUCUCCACCGCUGUUGGUUUCGUUGUCUUGGGAAGCCCAUACAUGAGUGCCUCUCUUGCCGGCUUCACGCUCUCCUUCGCUCUCGAGUUCUCCUUGGCCAUCGUCUGGUCUAUUCGCCAUUAUGCCAACAUUGAGCUCGACAUGAAUGCAGCUGAGCGUGUGGUUGAAUACUCGGAUCUCAAGACUGAAAACCAGGGCGGCAUUGAACCCCCUGCCUCUUGGCCCACUGAGGGUCGCGUGGAAGUCAAGGACCUCGUCGUCAGCUACGCCGAUGACUUGGCUCCCGUUCUGAAGGGCCUCACUUUCAGCGUCAAGAAGAAUGAGAGAAUCGGCGUUGUCGGUCGCACUGGUGCCGGAAAGUCUUCGCUGACUCUGGCCCUGUUCCGUUUCUUGGAGGCUCGGUCCGGAAGCAUUCAUGUUGACGGUUUGGACAUUUCCAAGAUCAAGCUUCAUGACCUGCGAUCCCGGCUGGCCAUUAUUCCUCAGGACCCUGUUCUUUUCUCCGGCACUGUCCGUUCCAACCUCGAUCCCUUCGACAACCAGAGCGACGCUGAGCUCCGCGACUCACUGCAGCGCGUGCACCUCGUCGACUCGUCGCCUUCCACUCCCGGCGAGCCUUCCAGCAGCACAACGCCCUCGCUCAACGGCGCUAAGAACGUCAACGUCUUCCGCAAUCUCAACUCAUCCAUCUCUGAGGGUGGCGGUAACCUCUCCCAAGGCCAGCGUCAGCUCCUCUGCCUCGCUCGCGCCAUUGUCUCCCGUCCCAAGGUCAUGGUUCUCGACGAGGCCACUUCCGCAGUCGACAUGAACACCGACGCGCUCAUUCAACGUUCUAUCCGCGAGGAAUUCAACGAUUCGACGCUCAUCGUCAUUGCGCAUCGUCUCAGCACUAUUGCCGACUUUGACCGUAUCCUGGUCCUUAGCGAUGGCGCCGUGGCUGAGUACGGCACACCCAAGGAGCUCUGGAACAAGGAAGACGGUGUGUUCAGGGGUAUGUGUGAAGAGAGUGGUGAGAAAGAGAAGCUGAAGAACGUCAUUUUCGGUUAA